ACGAUGAUCUGAUUUUUACUAAAUUUGGGAAGAAAAAGUCGUAUUCCUUCUGAUUUUUUUUUUAUGUCAACUUGUCAUUUUUAGUUUUCUUUGCUUUCUUUCUCUUUUUCUUCUCGGUCGACCUUUUCACAUUUCACAUAUUCCUUCUCUUAUUCCCUGAUUUCGAUCUUUCUUGCAUUAACCGGCCGCCAUGGGGCAAGUGGUGCGCAGCAUGUUGGUGAAUUCGCCUGAAUCAGGCGACAAUAGCACCUGCUCCGACAGUAGCAGUGAUGAAGAGACUGAACCAAUCCAACCCAGUCAUUGCAAGCUUGACUAUAAACAUGCUACAAGUGACAAUGUGCGUGAAUGGAGUAUAAGCACGACAAUAGUGUCUUCCCCCGAACCGUUUCGAUCAGCCAGAACAGCAUUUGAUUACUGCGAUAUCAACCCAGUUGAUGAACCUUCCAUGUCCUUUGUCGUUGAAACAGCGAACAGCCAAAAUACUGCAUUCUCAAGUACUCCAACUGUUUCAGACUCAAAUAUAACUUCCGUUGCCGUACCGAGGAGAAAUUGGACAGGCUAUCACGGCGCACACUCCGCCCAUGCAACAACGCAACCGAUUUCCACCAGGAUAAAACCUUCCGCCAAAGUUAAACCGCUGUUAAAGACACCAUCUACGAAUCGCACAUCAGCACCAUUGUCACGAAGCAUAAGUACAAGGAGCGAUAAUGGAUCCCGCUUAGCGUCAAAAGAAGCCGAAGGCCUACAGGAAAUCCUGAGUUUCCUAAACUACCCUGCAACGACCGCCAAUGCUUCCAGCCUACAUCAUGAUGCUGCUGCAAACAUGGAUCGUUUGGUCAGCUUGAUGAGUCAUCAUACUCUAUCGGACGAUACCUCCCAGACGCAUAAAAACUAUGCACAGCGUGCUUCCCGCACGACACCGCAGAAUACUUCAAGCCGGAUAUUUAAGUUUUCUGGAUUCGACACAGUGUCCAAUAAUACCUCGACCAACCGUCCCUCCAUGAUACCCUCGACCACUCCACAUUCCGCAACCCAACAUACAUCUAGUACAAUUCAUUCAUCUACGUCUUCGCAUCCAUCCCAGUAUCCGACUGCGUCUUCUUCAACUUUUAUACCAUCUGCCGCCCCAUCCUCCGAUUUUCAGUUUUCCUUUUCAGCCAAAGUUCCUUCAAAGAUGGAACCGCAUUCGUCAUCGUACCCUCAACGCCCAACCAUGACUUACGCUCAAUCGUUGCAAGAUCUCAUCCGAUUUACUUGUGAAGUAGAGAAUCGAAUUAAACCCUCCAUGGCUCAUAGACAGCACGUUUGUGUCGAUUCAUGUUCCGAUCCAUCGCAACCCGUCAAUGAAAUACAACAAUUACCGAUCGGUCAUGCCAGGAAUCCAGACGAUCUUUCGGAUUAUGUAUCAUCAUUCUCCAAAUCGCAUUCUUCGGAUGCGGAAACGGAUACUUCUCACCUACGUCAUCGAAAGAUAUUGCCCUUGCCCAAACCGCGAUGGAAACGAAAUGGACGCUCUCCAUCCAGCAGUCUCAUACAAACAGCAACCAUUCCAACCUCGGCGGAAUUCCGUUUAUCUCAUUUAUCCGUACCUUCCACUACUUUCUCCAUGACCCGUUCCACCACAGCCGGCACAUUCUCAUCCAAUACUAUGCCAUCCUCAUCACUCAAUCUUACGACUUCACAAUUUUAUCCCCACGAAUGGAAUACCCAUCCAUCUGUCGACGAUGGCCCCCCGUCCAUGAAAGAAACCGAAUUUCAUUUCACAGACACAUUUGAAAUAUUUCAAGAACCGUCAGCGCAACUGGAAGUUCGAGAUAAUGCCAAGAAGGCAAAAAGGGCAGUGGUCAAUUCAAGGGAUCGACGGAAGAACGACCGAAAAAGUUGCAGCAGGCGAAUCCAUCAUCUGCGAUCGAGGGUGGAGGAAAAGCUGGAUGAUCGUUGGGACAUGCCAUUCCUGGAUAAACCCAUCGAAUUUAACGUCGGUAAACCGAGCCACAAACCAACAAAGUCGUCUUCCGUUCCUGAAAACGUACCAUCCUCGAACAUCCCCUCCAGCAUGGGCAAAUCUGCCUCAGCAACGGUAUCCCGAUCGACACCCUCAUCCACCGCUUUGAAUCAACCUACUCCAGCCAUACCCACUAGUAAACCCUUAACCCCACAAUCUCCACGUCCGCCCCCGAAAGGGAAAUCAAGCAUUACUGUACAGAAGAAAAAGAAAAGCAAAUCCUCAACAGAAGCCUCGGAGCAUUCUAUAGCACCAGCCAGUGCUCGAUCGACACCAACAAUACAGCCAACUUCCAAAAAGGGUAAAAAGCCACAGAGCAAAAAGAACGCAGAUGAUCCAAUCGCUUCUUCGAGAGGCAAUGAAACUUCGGACCUGGCCAUUGUGCAAAACGCCAAUCCACAUGAAUGGAUCUGUCUGUUUUGCCAAUAUGAAAUAUUUUGCCAUGGGAUGCGCACCGCUCGGCGCAAAGGCGGGUAUUAUAAACGCCAGCGCGCACGACAGCGACGAUUAAAGGAAUCCGAUGCAAGAAGGGAUGCUGCAACCGUUGGUGUUGAUUCAGAAGAAGAACGGGCACCGACGAAUGACCAGCAACAGCCGGAAGUGGAUUCAUCCAUCAGGCGAGGUCAUCGUCCCACUUAAAAGUUUGCUUUGACUGACAACGAGUAUCCAUCGGGUUUUUUGAUGCUGUC